AAUCCAGAAGGCAAAUCCUUCAAGAGUCACACCCUAAUAUUCACUGCGGGUGACUUACAGAUGCCCUGCCCUGCGUUUCUGUCUGGAUCACAGCGCGACUUACUGAUUUAAUGUGAAGAUCUCCGUGCAAAACAACGAAGAAGCAACAAGAAAGCCAUGUAUGUCCGGUGUCGGUCUACUUUGUUGGGAGACAGAUAACGCUAGUCGGCUAGCUCGUGUGCGAUCAUCAUCGCUCCUCUGGGCGUUCAGCAGAAGACUGAGGAAUAUGAGUUCACCGAUGUACACGCUUGUUUUGAGAGACGAUAACAGCACUGUGUAUGCCGAGGUCGCCAAGAUCCUCAUCUCUACUGGAAAAUGGAAACGACUGAAGAAGGACAAUCCUCGGUUUAAUUUAAUGUUGGGAGAGAGAAAUCGGCUGCCUUUCGGACGUCUGGGUCAUGAACCAGGACUGAUGCAGCUGGUGAAUUAUUACAGAGGAGCCGAUAAACUGUGCCGCAAAGCUUCACUGGUCAAGAUUAUCAAGACCAGUCCAGAGUUAAAGGACUCUUGUAACUGGUUCCCUGAGUCUUACAUCAUAUACCCGACCAACCUCAACACCCCAGUGGCCCCGGCCACCAAUGGCAUCAGCCACAUGAAGAGCAACCCAAAGACAGAUGAGCGGGAGGUCUUCUUAGCUUCAUAUAACUCCAGAAAGGAAAGCGGAGAGGGAACGGUGUGGAUCGCCAAGUCAUCAGCAGGUGCCAAAGGUGCCGGUAUAUUGAUAUCUCAUGAUGCGAACCAGUUGCUUGAGUUCAUCGAUAAUCAAGGCCAAGUGCAUGUCAUUCAGAAGUAUCUGGAAAGACCACUGCUGUUGGAGCCGGGCCAUCGUAAAUUUGAUAUAAGGAGUUGGGUGCUUGUAGACCAUCAGUAUAAUAUCUACUUGUACCGUGAGGGAGUGUUGAGGACGUCGUCUGAGCCCUACAACAGCGCGGAUCUGCAGGACAUGACCAGUCACCUGACCAAUCACUGCAUCCAGAAGGAGCAUUCGCAGAACUACGGCCGCUUUGAGGAGGGCAACGAGAUGUUCUUUGAUGAGUUCAGACUGUACCUGUUGACCACACACAGCGUUGCCAUGGAAACAUCUAUUUUACCUCAGAUCAAGCAUAUCAUCAGGAGCUGUCUCGCAUGCAUCGAGCCAGCCAUCAGCACGAAGCACCUGUCCUACCAGAGCUUCCAGCUCUUCGGCUUCGACUUCAUGCUGGACGAAAGCUUUAAAGUCUGGCUAAUUGAGAUCAACGGGGCACCUGCCUGUGCACAGAAACUCUACCCUGAGCUGUGUCAAGGCAUCGUGGAUGUGGCCAUCUCCACAGUGUUCUCUCUGAGUUCAGAUGCCCUCUCGUCAUCUCCUCCGUUCUCCACUUCUCCAUCUCUAUCCUCCAACUCCUGCUCCUCACCCAAGAUCAGAGCGCCCCAUCACUUCGGCCCAUUCAUCAAACUAUAAAUUGCUGUUGCCAUGUAACCCCCUCCCCAUAGUCCUGCC